UAAAGCGCUCUAUUUUUUUCUCAUUCUCUCCCACUCCUUCACUUUCCAUUUCCUUCUUAUUGACACUAUCCUCUUCAGCAUUUCGUUUUCCGUGAACCCGCCACCCCCAUAACCCCCUUUUUGCCCCACUUCAUUUAUAUUCUUUGCGCUUUUGAGAUCUGUGCUUCUCUCUCUUUAUGAUUUCCCAGUUGCCUAUCUGACAAAUUAAGAUGAAGCCUUGAUUGAAGAUGUUGCAAAGGCUUGGACUUUUUCUGGUAAGAAUCAAAAAUAAAAUCUGGGGUUCUUGUAUGGUGAGUGAAUGUUCGACUUAUUUCUGCUGAUCCACGUUCGCUCACAAAUUUGGCUUCGCAAAAGGAAGAAAAGAAAACCAACAAAACCCCAUUCUUUUUUCUUCUUUUUUUAUACCUAAUCAUACUAACGAAAGAAAUCUUUUUUUUCCCUUUUUCUUUCCGCUUAGAUUUCCUAACUUUUGUACAGUCCAAAUACUGGAAGAAUAAAUACCCCUCAUAAAUUUUCCUUCUUUUUGCCUUUUGAUCCUUUCAUCGCUCUCGUAUUAAUUUGUAGCUUUAAUUUUAUAGAAAACCCAAGUAGUUGGAGUUAUAUUUUAAUAGAGCUGGGUUGUUUUACAUUUGAGUUUUGAAUAGGAUUUUAAGGUGGUUUCUGAUUAAUUUUGGUGAAAGGAUAACAAAAAGAGAGCAGAUUUUAGUUAUUUGCACUAAACAGCUUACAAAAGUGGCGAAAAUGAGUUUAAGUGCAGCUGAGGAUGAUUCAAGGUCAGAGAUUCAUAUACCGGCAGAUAUAGAUUGGCACAUGCUUGAUAAAUCCAAGUUCUUUUUCCUUGGUGCGGCUUUAUUUUCAGGUGUAUCUGCUGCUCUUUACCCUAUAGUAGUCUUGAAAACUAGGCAACAGGUGUCAUCCGCUCAAAUUUCUUGCUCUAAGAUGUCUCUCUCUAUUAUGAGAUAUGAAGGGUUGAGAGGAUUCUAUAGGGGUUUUGGUACCUCCUUGAUGGGGACAAUCCCAGCUCGAGCACUUUACAUGGGAGUCCUUGAGGUUACCAAGAGCAGUGUUGGCACUGCAACUGUUCGUUUAGGGUUUUCAGACACUACAGCAACGGCUAUAGCUAGUGCUGCUGCUGGGUUAAAUUCAGCUAUGGCUGCACAACUCGUUUGGACCCCAAUCGAUGUUGUGAGCCAAAGACUUAUGGUUCAAGGUUACAACAAUAGUAACAGUUGCAAGAAUGCAAUUUCAAACGUGCAUUCUUGUCGAUAUAAGAAUGGUCUUGAUGCGUUUAGGAAGAUUCUGUAUGCAGAUGGUCCUAGAGGGUUGUAUAGGGGGUUUGGGAUCUCAAUAUUGACAUAUGCACCAUCUAAUGCUGUUUGGUGGACAUCUUACUCUCUUGCUCACAAGCUCAUUUGGGGUGGUAUUGGUUGCUCCAUGGGUAAAAAAGAUGAAACUGGUGUGAUUGAAGGAUCUGGUUUCAAGCCUGAUUCAAGGGCCGUGGUGGCAGUCCAAGGUUUAAGUGCAGCCAUGGCUAGUGGUGUUUCAGCUUUAAUCACUAUGCCACUUGACACCAUCAAAACCAGGUUACAGGUCCUGGAUGGAGAAGACAAUGGGGUAAGAAGACCUAUGACGGUUUUGCAGACAAUAAGGAAUUUGGUUAAAGAAGGCGGAUUGUCUGCUUGUUACAGGGGACUGGGACCAAGGUGGGCAUCAAUGUCUAUGUCUGCCACAACCAUGAUCACUACCUAUGAGUUCUUAAAACGGUUAUCAGCUAAGAGUCGAGACAGCUUAUCAUCAUGAAUGAAAAACAUACAGAUUUCUCACACUUGAGAAGUUUGUGACCCUAUUCCUUAGUUAAGUGUACAUUUUUAUCUUCUUAGUUUGGCUCUGUAAUGAUGAGUAUCACUAUCGAUGUAAAACAUAUAUCUAUGUAUAAGAUUUUGUUUCUUUUUCA